UAAAUAAAUACCUAAAUCAGGGGAAUUUCUUUGUUACAAAAUGCUAUAUACAAUGGAGACAGACUCUGAAACCAGUUUGCAAAACAGAAGAAGGUGAAGCAAGACUUAUCAAGAUAGCCUGCUGGGACCCAACCUGUCCUGUCAGUCAUGGAUUCCUGGAGAACAAGGUAUGGUCCACAGAGCAAAGGAACUAAGGAUCUAGAGGAAAGCCUUGCAGAUCUACAACUGGACGAUGAAGAUGAGAAGGAAACAUACAAAUCUGAGACCUUUGAGACAAUUCAUGUCCUUGACAGUGGCCUGUUGCUUUCCAAAGGGACGUACGACCGAUUGUAUGAAUACCAGAAACAAGGCUUAGCUUUCCUUUACAGCCUACAUCAACCUGAGAAAAAGGGAGGGAUCUUGGCAGACGACAUGGGCUUGGGGAAAACAGUCCAGAUUGUAACAUUUCUUUCCGGGAUGCUAGAAAUGGACCUGAUCAGAUCUGUGCUACUGGUAAUGCCCUGCAGCUUACUAGGGAACUGGGUUACGGAGUUUAAAACGUGGACCCCGAGCAUCAGUUUCAAAGUGUUUCAUCAUAGUGAGAGAAAUCCAGAUAAGAACUUGAAUGAUGUCCAAACAAUCGGAGAUGUGCUUAUCACUUCAUAUGAAACACUAGCUCAAAACUGGCAGAAAUUUUCAAAACAUAAUGAGAUAGCGUUCACCUGGGAUAUAGUAAUAUUUGACGAGGCCCACAAGAUUAAAACUCCAACUACCAAAAGUUUUAAAGCUGCAUGUUUAAUUCCAGCACACACCCGAAUCCUUCUCACUGGAACACCGAUUCAGAACAACCUCAAGGAGAUGUGGGCACUGUUCAAUGUAGCCUGUCAGGAAACCCUCCUAGGAACAUAUAGGACUUUUAAAAAAUUAUACGAAGACCCAAUAUCAAAAGCAAGAGAGAAAAAUGCCAGCCCACAUAUGAAAUCUCUGGGACUAAAGAUGUCUGAAAGUCUAAGGGAAAUGAUAACACCCUACUACUUGAGGAGGACAAAGGAAGAAGUUCAGAAGAACAGGCACGAUUCAGACCACAGGAAUGAACGUCGUCCAGAGAAUAAGGAGAAUCACGAUCCCAAGGUUGCUGUUGAGAUGCCACUGUUUACCAGAAAGAACGAUUUUGUUAUAUGGCUUCACCUCAGCCCAUUACAAGAGAUUCUUUAUAAAAAAUUAAUUUAUUCGAAUAAAGUCAAAGAAUGUCUUGAAACAUCCCGCUCUCCUUUGAGUGACCUGAAUACUUUAAAGAAGAUUUGUGCUCACCCCAGACUGCUGUCUGCCCAAGUUUACAGGGAGUUAUUUCAUCUGGACAAAAGUGGAAUUGACUGCUGGAAUGGUGAUGAGGAUAUGUGGGGUGCCGAUGUGAGCCAGCAGUCAAGUGAAACUCUAAUUCAGCAAUCUGGCAAGUUGCUGUUCCUCGUCUCCUUACUGGAAAAGCUUCGGGAAGAGGGCAAUCGCACACUCGUGUUCUCUCAGUCUAGAAAAAUGUUGGACAUCAUUGAGAACAUUUUGGAUGAGCGAGGGUUUAAGGUGAUGCGUGUGGAUGGGACUGUCAGUCAUUUAGCACAGCGUGAGAGACAAAUCACAACGUUUAAAAAAAAUAGAGACUACUCAGUCUUUCUGCUUACUACUCAAGUGGGUGGCCUCGGGCUCAACCUGACGGCUGCCAAUAGGGUUGUCAUCUUUGAUCCAUGCUGGAAUCCAGCUACAGAUGACCAAGCUGUAGAUAGAGUGUACAGAAUUGGGCAGAAGAAGGCUGUGGUGAUCUACAGGCUCAUUACAUGUGGGACAGUGGAAGAGAAAAUAUACCGAAGGCAAGUCUUUAAGAAUUCACUGAUCAGACAGGCAUCUGGGGAUGAGAAAAACCCAGUUCGGUAUUUCAACAAUCAAGAAUUGAAAGAGCUCUUUAUAUUAGAGGACACACAGUCUUCUUCAACACAGAUUCAGUUGCAGAAAACGCAUGCAGCUCAAAGACAGACAGAUAAAGAACUGGACGCCCAUAUAGCCUACCUGCAUUCACUGAAGAUUUUUGGGAUUUCAGACCAUAACCUCCUGUUCUCAGAGACACAGGAAGAUGAAAAUGAAACUGAAGCAGCUCAGAAUUACAUUCGUCUCAAAGUUGAAAAAGCCCAAGGACUGAUAGAAGCAGAAUCUCAGGUGGUUCGACACCACAAUAUGCAUGAAGCAGACAUGAAACUUUCAAAGCCUCAGAAGAAAUCCCCUAAAAACACCUGGGAUGAAAGAGACACAGGUAUGUCUUCACCUGAAGGUCUUGGCCAAAGCAAAGGAAGCUCUGAAAUGGAAGAUGACUCAUACAAUGCCAGUGAUGAAAAUGCUCAUCUCACAGAAGAAAGAGAAUGUUUACAAGGUGGUGCAUUACAAAAUAAUUCAAAUACAUUACCUGAGAAAGAAGCCACUAAAACCACAUGGGAUGAAAGAGGCACAGACCCAGACCAAAGACAAGAAAGCUUUGGAAUGGAAAAUGACUUGUACAAUGCAAAUGACAAAAGAUCCCUUCUCAGGGAAGGGUCAGAGCUCGAGUGGCACAGUGUGGGAUCAGCUUCUAAUGGGACCCCUGACUAUAUCAGUCAGUCUUCUGAAAUGAAUACAGCAUCCUAUAAUCCAGGGAUAUUAAACUCUGUUUUUUGCGAUGGAAAUGAGAUUGCAGUUACUUCGUUUACUGAAAACACAUUGUCCAGAGAUACAGGUACAACUGAUGUGAAUAAUGGAAAGUGCAAAGGAAUGAGUGAUGUCAUGGAAGUAUUCGAAGACCCAACAGAGAGGGAUUCUUUGGCCAUACCAAAUCAUUGCAACUCUUUGCUGACUCCAGAUAGUAAAUCAAUCUAUAUGGAGAGUUUUUUUCAUUUCAAGAUUGGAUCUUCUGAUAUUGUGACAUCCACUCCUGGUCCAUUUACUAAAAACAAAAUGUUUAGAGAUCAUUUAGCCCGAACCAGUGUCUAUAUUGGAAACAUGGAAGGAAUCAAAGGCAUUUUUACAAAUUCGGAAGAUACAAAAGGGAAGGGGCACUUAUUACCCACACUAUGUGAUUAUUCACAAACUGAUAAGACAUGUAUUUCUUCUGCUUUUGUAUUUGAACCACAUGCAAUAGGUUCUACACCACAAACAUUUUUAGACAGAUUAAGUGGGUUUUACGUUCCCAGUGAGAGUGACUGGGAUGAAAAUGAAAUCUUCAUCUCAGCAGCUAGCUCUCCAGCAACUCGGUCUGUUCUUCUCAGUGGCUUUCAAUUGAUUUUGGAUGACAGUCAAGAAGAUCUACAAGACUGUGUAAUGGGAAUACAAAAGCAGUCACUGCAACAUGUACUGGAUAGCUCAAAGGGAUUACAGGAAGCUCAGGAUGGCAUUUGUCUUACAGUUGAAAAAGCCCAAGAGAUGACAGAAACAGAAUCCCAGGUGAUUCGACAUUACGACAUACAUGAAACAGACAUGAAACUUUCAAAGCCUAAGAAGAAAUCCCCUAAAAACACCUGGGAUGAGAGAGACAUGGGUAUGUCUUCCACUGAAGUUCUUGGCCUAAGCAAAGGAGGCUGUAAAAUGGAAGAUGACUCAUACAAUGCCAGAGAUGAAAAUUAUCAUCUCACAGAAGAAUCAGAAGGAGGAUGUUUACAAGGUGUUGCAUUACAAAGCCAUUCAAAUGCAUUGCCUGAGAAAGAAGCCACUAAAACCACCUGGGAUGAAAGAGACACAGGUAUGUCUUCAACCAAAGUCCCAGACCAAGGACAAGAAAGCUCUGAAAUGGAAAAUGACUCAUACAAUGUAAGUGACAAAAGUUCCCCCCUCAUGGGCGGGUCAGACUGUGAAUGGCACAGUGUGGGAUCAUCUUUUCACAGGACUCUGGACAAUAUGAGUCAAUCUUCUGAAAAAGACAGCUUUUCUAAUACGAACACAGCAUCCUAUAAUACAUGGUUAUUGAAUGCUGGUCCUUGUUAUAGAACUGAAAAUGCAGUUUCUGCAUUUGCUGAACACAGAUGCAAGUCCAGAGAUACUGGUUUGAAUAAUGGAAAGAGCAAAGGAGUGACUGUCAUGAACGUGUUCGAAGACCCAACAGAGAAGGAGUCAUUGGCCAUACCAAUUCUCUGCAACUCCUCACUGACUCCAGAGAAUAAAUCAAUCUACAUGGAGAGUAUUUCUCAUAGCAAUAUCAGAUCUCCUGAUAUUGUGCCAUCCACUCCUGGUCCAUUUACUGAAAACAGAAUGUUUAGAGAUCAUUUAGCCCAAACCAGUAUCUAUAGUGGGAACAUGGAAGGAAAGGGCAUUUUUAAAAAUUCGGAAGAUACAAAAGACAGGGGUUGCUUAUUACCCAUGCUAUGUGAUUAUUCACUAACUCGUGGUUCAAAAUCAAUUAAAGUGGAAUGUUUGUCCACAAGCAAUAUAGAAUCUCUCCAUGUUCUACAAGGAAUUGAACCUGCAGUCUCGCCACAUGCUGAAAACAGAGCAGUCAUAGAAAACAAAACCCAAUUAACUGAAAUGGAAACAUUUUCCUCCAUUUAUAUGGACUCUCAUGCUGAGGCAUAUCUUCCUCUUCCACAAGGAAAAUUGCUUGAGAAUCCUGGACGUGAAAUGGUAGUCUCGUCAUUUGCUGAAAACAAAGCAGUGAAAGAAAACGAAACCCAAUCAUUUCAAAUUGAAUGCUUUUCCUCCAGUAAUAUGGAGUCUCCUGAUAGUAUGCAAUCUAUUGCUAUUCUAGAAGGAAAGUUGUUUGAUGACACUGAAAAUGAAUUACUAUUGACUAAAAAUACAGCAGUCAUAGAAAACAAAAAUAAAUCAAUUAACAUGGUAUGUUUUCCCACCAGUAAUACAGACCCUUCUGAUUCUGCAGUAGUCCUCCCUGUUCUGGAAAUUGAUGACACUGGAAGUGAACUUUCAGUCUCAGCCACUAACUCUCCAGUAAGUCGAUCACUGCUUCUCAAUGACCUACAACUGAUUUUGGAUGACAGUCAAGAACAUCCACAAGACAGUGUAAUGGGAAUAGAAAAUGAGUCUCUGCAACAUGUGCUGGAUAGCUCAAAUAAAUUCAAAGAAGCACCACGUGAAAAAGAAGGAACCACACCAACCACUGACCUGCAGAGUUUCAUUGGUACCAGUCGACCUCCCCAGAUUCAAGGCAGUGUUGAGGACGUUCAAAAACAUGAAUGUGGGAUUCAAAAGAUCACAGAGAAUAUUAUAGAAACUGAGACGACGACUUGCUUUAGUAAUAUUAGUGAAACUGAGAUCUAUAACUCCAUGUUAGUGAUCAGGGAUGCUAGAAAAAGUUCAUCCUAUCUUACAUUCACUGAAAGAUGGACUAAUGAUUUUCCUUUAUACAGAGGCUUCAUGAAAGAGUCUGCAGCCACUGCUAACCCAUGCAUCGGUGACACAAGCAGAUCUGCUACCCCUGAAACUUCACUCAUAAGUGUUAAUAAUAGCCUUGAAGAUAUAAGCCACUCAGGUGACAGCAGAAACCACUUGAGGCAUAAUUUAGUAACAUAUCUGACAAUGGAAUCACCUGUAGGGAUUGUAAAAGCAGAGGAAGAUGAAGGCUGGGAUCCAAUUCAGCUUCCCUCCAAUGGAGUUAUCAGGAAAAGACCAGAAGAGAUACCUGAGGACAGUUGCUUGGAGGCAGCUUCCAAUUAUAUGCAGGCAAAAGAAAUUGGACAAGAUUUAAAGGAUAAGAGUCCAUACAUCAAUCAGGAAUCUGACAACAGAAGUGCUGGAAUAAGCCCUAUCCUGAAGAUAUUAAUGAAGCUCUGGUCAGGCAAGUGAAAGAAUUGAAACAGAAGGGAAAGCUGUAAGUCCAUCACACUUUUAUACAGCCCCUAGAAGGACCUCCUCGUGACAGUACAAUGUAGCUUCUAUGUCAAUUAGGUGUGCUGUUGACAUACAGGGGUCUGAGGACUGGGACAUUUAUAAUACAAGCAAACACUAAACUGUUCACUGGUUUUACAAUUGUUUGACAGGAUCCAUUUAAACUGUAACGAUUCUCAAAGCUCUUCAGGUUAAAUUGUUUAGCACCAUUAUUUCAGAAAAUAAUAAAGUUACCAAACCAGAAAUAUACUACAACCCUGCCGUUCUAUUUUGGGUCUAUGAGAAUGUUUUUUUUUUCUUGCUUGUUUUAGAUUUUGUAAUUGUGUUUUUUUUUUUUCUUCCAGUAAGAAAGCUUUUAGAAUCUCUACCUAAUUUAUUUUUUGGGGGUAGGGUUAAGAUAUGUUUUUAUAGUUUGGUUUAACUCGAUUAGAUGGGUAUUUUUAUAUUUUGUAAAACUUUUUUUUGUCUAUAAAAUAAAAGUGCGCUCACCAAAGC